AUGUUUCCCUCGGCAGCGAUGAUGCUGAAGAACCUGCAACAGGGAACCAUGACGACCUCUCCUUUCCUGAUGGAGAACCUCCUGCGGAGCAAGACGUCGGAGGACACCUUGGUCAGUCUAAGAAUGAACCGGCUGAUGGUCUACCGCAGGGAGAACGUAAGGACUUUGCAGAGACAGGGCCAGGAGGAGUCCUGCAAAGGAGUCGUCGUCGAGAGGUCGGCCAACUCCGACAGGGAUCGCGUCCUGAGCAGGAUCAGCGGCGAGCUGUGGCAAGAGAGGACCUCCCUCGACAGAUUCCAGAGCCUGCAGGACCACAGGGAUCUUUCGGACUCUCCCAUAGACCUGGAGAACGACAGGCUGAACACGGGAAUGGACGGACACUCCGGCGGGAUCGACGGUCUGAACCACGUCGUCGAACGACUCAGCGAAAGGAUCGAGUCCACCAGGUCGAACUUGACCAUGGACUCCAAUAACUCCGUGGACAAGGACAGGCAAUCCGCCGAGAGGGAGGAGGGCAUCAAGCAGGAACGCGAGGAGGUCCUCGGGGCGAGCCCUGACAGGAUCACGAUACAGGUGAACAGACUCUUCGAUCUGAGCAGAACCGGCGUCCCGGCGUACGAGGAUAUGCGGACCCAUCUCGAGAGGGAGACCGAUAGCGCCGACAAGAUGCACCUGUCCUCCCCUCACGAGGACACCCUCUCAUGCGGGGACGAUAGAUGCACCGGCCCGGCGUGCAGGAGCAUCCAGGAGAAGGAGAAACCGCAGCUCAAGUUCAGCGUUAAUGCCAUCCUUGGGGAGAAUCACGACAGGAGACCGAACCCUGAAAACUUCCAAGCGAUGUCGCCGCGCGCGAUUCCGGCAUUUCUGUACAAUUUGCAGAAUUCUGCCGGAUACAACGUAGCGAAGCCGAUUGUCCGACCGGCGGCUUUUCAUCCUCAUCAUCCGGCUCAUCCCGGUCAUCACCCUCUUCAACAUCACUUACCACCGAACGCUCACCACAACUUGCACCAAUUACUCGCCCAUUGCAGUAGCUACAUUACUGUAGCUACUCCCGGUUCCGGAAGUCCUCAUCCCGGUGCUCCAGUUGGCGGCGCUUCCUUUCCGGGAACGAUCCAAGGAGGAUUGGGCGAUCUGUCUUCGAUCGGUAUCGGAUUCCCGUGGUCCGGAUGUCCGCGUGGGAAACCGCGAAGGGGGAUGAUGAGAAGAGCCGUCUUUUCGGAUAUGCAGAGACGCGGUUUGGAAAAGAGGUUCCACGUGAACAAGUACAUCAGCAAGCCCGAUCGCAAGAAACUCGCCGAAAAACUCGGGCUCAAGGACUCGCAGGUAAAGAUAUGGUUCCAAAAUCGUCGCAUGAAAUGGCGGAACAGUAAGGAACGCGAAUUGCUGGCACACGGAGGUUCCCGAGAGCAAACCUUGCCGAACAAGAACAACCCCAAUCCGGACUUGACCGACGCCGAUGGGGACGGGCUGAGAAUGGAUUUGAGCGAUGCCAGUCCAUUGAACAGUCCUCGGGGCACAGAAGUGCACCUGGACAACGAGGAUGACGAGGAAAUCAAUGUCACGUGA